UUGAAUUAUAAGAGUUCAGACAAUAAACACUUUUUCAUGUCUAAAACUCUACUCUCUCGCAUUAAACCUCUUCACCGCCCAAAACCCACUACAAGCUCUCGCAUUCCCUUUACACCCUACCUUAAAAAUCUCGUCAAAGACACCAUUCAGAUCAUCAAAUCCGACCCACAAUGGGAAGAAUCUCUUGAAAACCAUUUUUCCGAUACUGAAACCCCAGUUUCAAGUAUUGCACACUAUGUGUUCGAUCAAAUUCCCAACCCAGAAUUGGGUUUAAAGUUCUUCCAUUGGGCUUUGAUUCAAUCGAAUUGCGGAAAUUACUUAACUGGGGUUUCUUGUUCUUCGCUUUUGAAGCUAUUAGCACGACGUAGAAUGAUUACUGAAGUUGAGAAUUUGUUGAUGGUAAUGAAAUCAAAGGAUUUAACACCAACUUGUGAAUCUUUAAGUGUUGUUAUUGGGGUGUUUUCGGAUUCUGGAUUGGCCGAUAGGGCUCUUGAAUUGUACUACAGUGUUGUUAAUGUGCAUAAUUGUACGCCUGAUGCUUUUGCUUGCAGUUCGUUGCUUAAUGUGUUGGUAAAUUAUGGGAAAGUUGAGGUUGCUCGUAAUGUAUAUAACGAAAUGGUUGAUAGAAAUGGCGGUGUUGAUAAUUAUGCUGUUUGCAUAAUGGUAAAGGGUUUAUGUAAAGAGGGGAAGGUGGAUGAGGGUUGGAAGUUGAUUCAGGAGAAGUGGGGAAAGGGAUGUGUGCCGAAUGUUGUGUUUUAUAACACUUUAAUCGACGGAUAUUGCAAGAAAGGAGAUAUUGUAAGUGCUAAUGUGCUUGUCAAGGAAUUGAAAAUGAAAGGGUUUUUACCUACUACAAAAACUUAUGGAGCUAUUAUUGGCGGGUUUUGUAAAAGAGGGAAUUUUGAAGUGGUUGAUAAGCUUUUGAUUGAAAUGAAGGAGAGGGGUUUGGCUAUUAGUGUUCAUAUCUAUAAUAAUAUUAUUGAUUCUCGAGUUAAGCAUGGUUGUAGAAUUGAAGCUACGGAGAUACUGAAAUGGAUGAUUGAAAGCGGUUGUGAGCCUGAUAUUGCUACGUAUAACACAUUGAUUAAUAGCUCAUGCAGUAGUGGAAAAGUUAAUGAAGCCGAGCAACUUAUCGAACAAGCUAUAAAGAGGGGGUUGCUGCCUAAUCAAGUAAGCUAUACCCCUCUAAUACAUAACUAUUGCAAACAAGGGGAAUACAUGAGGGCUUUAGAUUUGCUGAUUGAGAUGUCGGAAAGAGGACAUACGCCUGAUUUAGUUGCUUAUGGAGCACUUGUCCAUGGGCUUGUUGUUGCUGGGGAGGUUGAUGUUGCAUUGACCGUUCGAGAUAAAAUGGUGGAGAAGGGAGUAUUGCCUGAUGCAGAUAUUUACAAUGUUUUAAUGAGCGGACUCUGCAAGAAACGGAGGCUUCCUGCUGCCAAGCUUUUGCUUGCAGAAAUGCUUGACCAAAAUGUAACCCCUGAUGCAUUUGUUACUGCUACCUUAGUCGAUGGAUUUGUAACACAUACGAAAUUUGACGAGGCGAAAAAGCUCUUUGAGCUAACGAUAGAAAAGGGUAUAGAUCUUGAUAUUGUUGGGUAUAAUGCCAUGAUUAAGGGUUAUUGCAAAUCCGGAAUGAUGACCGAUGCAUUGCGAUGCUUUGAGAGAAUUGUAAAAGGGAUUCAUUCUCCAGAUGAGUUCACCUAUUCCACGAUCAUAGAUGGAUAUGUAAAACUGAAUGACUUGCAUGGAGCAUUGAGGAUGUUUGGACUAAUGGUGAAACUUGGUUGCAAACCAAAUGUGGUAACUUAUACCUCUCUAAUUAACGGGUUUUGCCGCAUCAGAGACUUGAGCAGGGCGGAAUUUUUUUUUAACGCUAUGCUGUCUUGUGGAUUGAAGCCUAAUGUAGUAACAUAUACGAUACUUAUUGGUUGCUUUUGUAAAGAGGGUAUACUUGCAAAAGCUUGCUCCUUUUUUGAGCUAAUGUUGAUGGAGAGUUGCAUUCCAAAUGAUACUACCUUCAAUUAUCUGAUGAAUGGGUUAAGAAAUACCAAGGAAGUUGCAUUGAGUAAGAAUUUCCUAAUUUUGGAAUGCUUUGGAAUGAUGCUAUCAGAUGGGUGGGAUCGGAGGUCUGCUUCGUAUAAUUCUGUUCUCAUCUGCCUUUGCCAACAUAAAAUGGUGAAAAUUGCUUUACAGUUUCGUGAUAAAAUGAUGAGUAAGGGAUUCUCGCCAGAUCCCGUUUCUUUUGUUGCAUUGCUACAUGGUCUUUGCUUGGAAGGAAGAUCACAAGAUUGGUACAAUGUCAUUUCCUGUAAAUUGAACGAACGAGAGCUCCAAAUUGCUGUCAUGUACACAGAGAAAUUUGAUCAGUUUCUAUACGAAGAUCAAACUUCUGAGGCUUCUAUUAUUUUGCAUGAUUUAGUUGAUCAGUUGAAGCUCCAGAAACAAGAAAUGGAUAAAGUUGGUGUAGUGAAUAUAGCAAAGGAAAAACUGUUUGAAUUUGGAUAACGGAAAAAUGUCGAAACAGAGGACCUUCGAACUAUGUAUGUAGCACUAAAACAGAAAUGCUUAAAUGGAAAGACCGAAUUUCCUCCAGGCUCAGUUGUAUUGUAUGCAUUUGUAAAUUAACUUACAAUUAUACUGUGAGAUGAAUGAGUCCAUCAGCAAGAUAUAUUGAAGUAGAAA